AUGGGGAUUUGCACAUCCAGUGAAAAAUUCGUGCAAGAAUGCCGUUGCAGACAUGCCGCCACUGAGAAGCUUGGUGUCCUACUUGUGAAUAUUGGAGGACCAGAGAAUCUUAAUGAUGUUCAACCCUUUCUGUGUAACUUGUUUGCUGAUCCCGAUGUAAUACGGCUGCCUAAGCUGUUUAAGUUCCUUCAACGACCAUUGGCAAAGUUAAUAUCUAUUCUUCUUGCUCCCAAAACCAAACGAUGGUAUGCUGCCAUUGGUGGUGGCUCACCUUUGCGUAGAAUAACAGAUGAACAGGCAGAUGCUCUUAGAACGGCUUUGGAAGCUAAGAAUUUACAUGCCAAUGUAUAUGUGGGAAUGCGAUGUUGGUACCCUUUCAUGGAGGAGGCAAUUCAGCAGCAGAUUAAGUGGGACAGGAUAACGAAGCUUGUUCUACUGCCAUUGUUUCCUCAGUUCUCAAUCUCCACAACUGGGUCAAGCAUACGAGUUUUGCAGCGAAUAUUCAUGGACGAUGCAUAUUUAUUGAGAUUACCUGUUUCGAUCAUCCGCUUCUGGUACCGACGACAAGGUUAUAUUAGGUCUAUAGCUGAUUCAAUUGUGACACAGUUGAGCAAAUUUGAAAAGCCUGAAGAGGUCCUUAUAUUCUUUAGUGCCCAUGGUGUGCCGGUUAGCUACGACGAGAAUGAUGGAGAUCCGUACAAGGAUCAAAUCGAGGAGUGCAUAUACUUAAUUAUGCGAGAGCACAGAGUUGGUCCGGUGCAAUGGCUGAAGCCCUACACUAAUGAAGUUCUUGUUGAGCUUGGCCGGAAAGGUGUGAAGAGUCUUCUAGCUGUUCCGAUAAGAGAAUUGGGUCGGGUGCCUGCUCUAGGUUGCACCUCUUCAUUCAUCACAGAUCUAGCUGAUGCUGUGGUUGAAGCUCUACCAUCUGCAAAAAGCCUAUCAAUCUUAAGGGAAACUGCCAAAGAAUCCGACUGCCGUUGA